AUGGCUGGUGAGCACAAGGAGGCUGGGGAGUUAGAUAUCCCCAGUGUGAAGAAGGAAGGCUCAAAACAGAAGCAGGGGUCUCCUCACCCCAGCAAGGGGUCAGGCUGGGCCCUCAGCAGAGGGCGGCUGCUCUCUGGUCUCUUUGCUCUGAAUCUGUUGUUCUUGGGUGCCGCUCUGGUGAUUGGUAGAGUGUUUAACCCCAGUGGAUUGAGGUACGAGCAGCCACUGUUCUUCAUUGCUCUGCUGAUGGGACUCAGCCUGCUCUGGAUGAUCUGGUAUCUGAUCAGGGCUAGGUGGCAGCCGGGGAUAGAGCCACACACAGACCACCACGCAGGCACCGUGUUGAUGAAAGGAGCCCUGCUGCUGUUCGCUGCCUGCAGUCUGCUGCUCCAUGUGUUCAAGAUGGGCUACCACGUCUCCAAAUGGGAAUGCACACCUGUGAUAAAAGCUCUCUACCCCUUCAUUGAAGCUCUCUUCGUCAUUGUACAGACGCACUUAUUAUGGGUCCAUUCCAAGGACUGCUCCCAGGAUCAGAAGAAUUUCACCAGGUCAGGCUUGGUGCUGACUCUCACUACAGAUCUGCUGCUCUGGUUCGCAGCAGUGACUGAUGAAACUGUCCACUUAGAGAUGGAGGUAAAGAAGGAGGAGGGAGUCCUGCAUGACACUUAUGUCGGUAUGUUUAACAUCUCCCGCUGUCAGUGCGGUCCGGAUCCUGUGUGUGCUAGCUUUAAGAAUGGCUAUAAGGUGUUGUUCCCCUUCAACAUGGAGUACUCCCUGACCGCUGGCUGCAUGCUCUACGUAAUGUGGAAGAACGUAGGCAGGCGUGUCGAGCCCCACCCCCCCACCCCGAGUGGGAGGCUUCAACUAGGGGCUUCCAAGAUAAUCUUGGGGCCCUUCCUGGGGGUGAUGGCCCUGUUAUCUGGUAUCUUCAUUUUCACUGUGUACCAGGUGAAGGUGGGCAGAGCCACAGGGCGCCAGCUUGCCUUUGUGUUGUUUUACAGCUACCAGCUAGUUGUCCUACCUGCCAUGUCUCUCUGCUCUCUGGCCGGCGUGGUCAUUUGCAAGCUAGAAGAGAAGGCUCUGGAUGCCAGUCUCAAUCCCACACGCAGACUGGAUGCACUGCUUCUUGUGGGGGCUGCUUUGGGCCAGUUCUCCAUUUCAUACUUCUCCCUGGUGGCCGCACUGACAACAGGGCUCAGUGGCCUGCUCCAAAGCCUGGAACUGUCUUACUCCCUGCUCAGCCUGAACGAGCUGCUCCUCCAGACCCUCUUCAUCAUCGAGGGGCUGCACCGGCAUCCCAGCGCUGGGGAGGGGGAGGGGAGCUGCAGAGGCGCUGGAGAGGGCUACGGCUCACUGAGUGGGAAGGAGGGCACUCAACAAUUAAACCUUGAAAUAAAAGUUGAACUUGCAUCGAGCAGACUGAACUGGAGAAAGAGAGUUCUGAAAGAGAUCUCUGCCUUCCUUGUGCUGACUAAUAUUAUGCUCUGGGUGAUCCCUGCCUUCGGAGCGCACCCCCAGUUUGAGAACGGUGUGGGGAAGGCUUUCUAUGGGUUCUCAUUCUGGUUCAUCCUCCUGAACCUGAGUCAGCCGCUGGGGGUUUUCUACAGGAUGCACUCCAUGAGGGGGCUGCUGGAGGUGGUGUUCACUGACUGAGGGAGCUGUUCAUCGGGGGAGUCGCUGCAUGGGUGCAUGGGUUCAUUCAGAUGCAGUGCAGUCCUGGGGUUGAGGACCGGGACCAUUGGGCAUGAUCUACAGGCAUGGCUCCACUACUCCACUCAUGCCUUAUACAUAAUUUUUUUUUUUUUUUUUAAUCUCUUUGUAAGGUUUUUCACUUUUUAAACAUUAUGUUCUGCUUUGUUAAUAAAGGCAUGUGCUAGCACACCUGUCUCUUUCACUAAUGCAACUCAAUCUGAAUUCACUCAGAGCACUUACAGCCUGAAGCCUGACAUCAGUGUAGACACAGAAGGUGGUUGUGCUGAACAGUCGUCCUGUGAAAGAGCUGCUUCAUCAGUCGUUAGUGCAGGUGUGUCCCCAACCAGCCUGGUCUCUUUAAAAGCAGUAUUUCCCAUCCUUUGUCUCAUUCAUUCCAUUUCUUUCCAGAUACCACACAUUUGAAGAGACAAACAAUGUGUACUAAGCAGUUCCAGCAGUGUUUAUUAUUUUGCAGCGCUCUUAACCAGAGCAAAACUAAUGCAGAAUAAUGAAGAACACUUUUAAACACGUUUGGCUGGUUUUACAGACCCCCAAUUAGCACUGAUCUUGCACUGCCCAAAACUGCAUUAUGUGAAACGAGCCUGUUAAACUUUGAGAAAUCAAUUCAAGUUGAUAGAAAUUUUAUCUUAAGUGUUUAUCAGUGUAAUGAAGGCUGUAGUUGAAACAGACAAUGCAGGUACUUCAGGUGUGCCCUGCAGUCUACUACAAAGAAAGCUACUCGACUGAACUGUAGACUGUACAGCAUGUUCAGUGCUUAACCCACUAAAACAAACAGCUCUACUACUACACUUGGAUUAGGAGAAGAGAACACAAUCCUGCUUAGAAAAAAUGGUUAUCCGUUUCCUCACUGCAAAGGUUUUUAAAUCCAGCGCAAACCAUAGCGAGCAGACAGGUAAUAAUUUACAGCAUCAAACCAUUUAGAAGUGAACUUUGACAUUUUUGUGACAAGAACGUCUAUUU